AUGGGUUCGCUCGGCAACGCCCUUCUCCGUGGAGGAAUAAAAGGCCACGAUGACGUCUGCGGAGGUGAUCGUCGCGAUGACACGCAUGACAGGCCUUGCAAAUUCUCCCACCUUGACAUGAAUCGUCGCACCGGCUGCGUCGCCCUCGGGAUCGGCUGGACCCAGAACUUCGAUCAUCAGUCUGUUCCGUCUGCAUCACUCAAAUUACACCGUCCCGCCUCUUAUCUACCGCGUCGGGCUCCCCACGUCUUAUAUCGCUCGCGUUAUGACUUGACAAACUACUCGGGCGUCGACAAAGCUUCGCCGGUCAUCGCGUUACCGAAGAAGGGCACCGGGGGCAGAUACGCGAAGCUCGCGGAGGCGGCCGCGGCUGCCGCGGCGAGGGCGAAGAAAGUCAUCGGAUCCGAGGGGGAGAACCUCCCGGCGGGUAAACCCAACGGCGCGUGGUCGAGCGCGUACAGGACUCUGCAAGCCGCGCACAUCAAGCUUCAGACGAAGUACGACAAGCUGAAAGAGACGAAGCUUCACGGCUUCCUCGACGAGGCGGAGACGUACCGAACCGAGCUCGCGGAGCACGGAUCGAAAGCCGAAGAGCUCGUCAACCACUUUCGCAUGGAGGCGCAGCGCGAACGCGAAGGCGCGGCGGAGGCGCAGAAAUUCGCGCAGAAGGCGUACGAGCUCGAGCGCGAGAACAACGAGCUGAAGGAGACGCUUCUGGCGUACCAGGGGAAGAUGUUGCGGAUGGAGCAAGACAUGAUGGAGAAGGAGGACGCGUUGAUGGAGCGAUUCAAAGAGGAGGCGAGCGCGAGCGGGCGGGACGGCGCGUGGGGACCGGAGGAGUUUGAAGCGUUCACCGGGCUGCGGUGGACGAAACAGAGCACCGGGAUCCACCAGUUUCGGCACGCCGCGACGGGGUUUGUGUUUCAGCUUUCUGCGGCGGAGCCGGAGGAGGGCGCGGGUGGCGGCAACGCGACGGCGGCGGAUGACGAGGUGAGCUUCACUCCGAUAGAAUACGGAAUCGCGAACGGCUUGCUGCCCGGGUACCUCAGCUCCGCGAUCGACUUCGAGAAGAGGGAACUCCCGGGUUUCGUCGGUAGGAUGCUCGCGGUGCUGAACCAAGUGGUCGCGCAGCGUGGCGCGGGGCAUUAA